AUGGAUCACUUACCAGAAGUUAGAAAUCCGGCAUUCCCCCCCCUUGAGAUAGAAUAUUUGAGGGAGUAUGAACCCGCAGUGCUUCAAUAUGACAAUCUUGGUUUUGAUGGCUUUCCUGCCAGAGCUGGGUGGGAACGACAAAAUCUCUUAGCUGGAACAUUCGAUUUCACAGAGCAACAACGACCGCGGGCUGUGGCAGCCUUCCUGCAGCAAUGGCUGUAUUUUGGCCUGUUGUCGGCGGCUUUGGGCCAUCAGCAUACCAUAGCGACCAUACUCAAGGACUUCACUCGAGUUUCUGACACGACGGGAAGAAGGAUACUUACCACCAGCAACUUGGAGCGGUACCUGCAGCAGCGGAAGACUAACCUGUCUGCCGAAGAACUACAUUCUGAUUCAAUCACGGUUCAAACCUUCGAUGCAAUGCUUUCAGAAACACAACUUCACGUGGCACGCUAUAUGUGCCGUGGUGGAGCUGAAAGCGAGACUCAUCCUAUGCGGGCAUAUACCGAGAUAUCGCUCUCGAUCAUGGACCUCGGACUGGUGCUGACUCGUGCCAAGAAAAGGAUAUGGCCCAGUAGCAGGGCAUUGGGAUGGCAGCGGAGCGAGUUUGUUCUGACCAGAAUGAGCGACUCAGGCUGGUGCCCUAGCGAUAUCACCAUGUUGUCAAAGCUUAUGACUCCCACUGGAAUGUAUUUUGCCAGUCUCUUUCGACCCCGACUGUGGCAGAAAGACCACGUCGCCGGAGGCUGCACAGAGGAUUUCUGCCGAGUGAUGAACGUGCCGGGAACGGAACUUGCCCAAUAUCAAACGCUAAUACCGACGUAUGUGCUGACUGAUACCAUCCCUGUGGUCCAACUUCUCGAGGAAGGAAGCGGAGACGCCGUGUUGGUUCUGUCUGCUGUGCAUUUUCAGGACAUCAGUCAAUACGUUGCAAGAUCGCACGUGUGGAUCGAAGGGCUUGGAAACCAAGAUUCAAAUGCGCUGCCUCGCUGCCAACUCAGUCGUCUCCAAAAACUGGUGGAUCAAGUUUCUGGCAACCGAUCCACCCCUUUCUGGAUUGACACACUUUGCAUCCCGCAAUCAAAUUACAGGCCACACCUGCAGCCUUACCGGCUCCGUGCAAUCAACGAAAUGAAUCAUGUAUACCGGAAUGCCACCGCCGUUCUUGUUCUGGACUCAGAAUUGGCCGCGACGUCCACAACCGCACCAAUCGAGGAGCAGCUUGCCAGACUUUCUUGCUCCAGUUGGUUGAGGAGAUUAUGGACGUUACAAGAAGCUGUCCUGGGGGUCAAAGUCCUCCUCCAGUUCGUUGAUGGAGCGGUCAACUUGAUGACUGAUAUUAUCCAACGGCUCCAAGACGAUUCAAAUUUCUUCAGACUGACUCAAGUUGUUUUCACAGAAUUUGUCGACUUCCCGUGGCGUAUAGCAUUACUCAGGCAGCAAGGAGGCGGCCACCGGAUUAUUAAGUUGUGGAAUGCAUGCCAAUACAGAGACACCAGCGAGCUUCAGGACGAGGCAUUAUGCCUCACCAUACUCCUCGGCCUGGAUACCCGGCUGAUCACCAGUACCCCAGUGGAGGUCAGGUGGCGAACUUUUCCGCUUCAACAGGCUACCUUCCCGAAAGAUUUGGUAUUCACUAGCGGUCCAAGAGUACCCCUUGAUGGCUUUCGAUGGGCUCCGGUCAGCUUCAUCCGUCGGCCAGCUACCCAGACAGCAACUUUGUUGCUUGCGAUGGGUACGGGGUUAGCAACGGCUGAGGGUAUUACCAUUUCUGCGUCGGGCUGGCUGUUCCAGCCUCCUCGCACAGAAUUUCGUCAAGAGUAUCCAGGCUUCUGGCUACUGGACAGCACCACUGACAGAUGGUUCUGUGUUGAGCAGAGGACAGUCCCAAAUGAUGGCAUGGCGCCAUGGGGCCAGCUUCGGGGCACUAUACAACAACAUUCCAACAUAGGGCUUAUUGUCAACCAGGAUAUGGGGCGAACAACAUUUGCCCUUGGGAUUCUUGUCGCAGUAGACACAAAGAAUGCCGCAGAGUCCGACAGGGUGUUUUCACGGCUCCUGACCACAGUCAACGUGAAGCUUGAGCAGCAAAAUCGUUGGCCGACAUUGCAGACAUGGAGACGAGAAGAGAGUGACAACUCUGAUCUCAACAGAGGGUGCUGGACCAUAUCUGGUACGCCAGUUGCUGCAAGCCAGAGGUGGUGUAUUGGAUAG